UUAGGCACGCCGUACAUGUAAAUGUGGCUGUUAUGUGAUCAUGUGUUCAGUUAACACAGAGGCAGCAUUUAGUGAAAAGAAAGAAUAAUAAUGGAAAAUGGGCACCUGGUUCAGGGUGAAAACAUCAACAGCACCCGCUGUACCUUCUUCAAUACAGGACCGGACGACUCACGAUGUGAUGUGAUUCUUAAAGUCAAAAAAGCCACAGGGACAUUUUCACUGGUGGCAUGCUUUUUCAUGCUCUUUGUGAUAUGGCUGCUGCGCCGAUACAACUCUUUGGCUCAGAAAAUGGUAGUCAGUCUGACAGUAGCUGCAUUUUUCGACAGUGUUGCAUAUGUUAUGGGAGAGUCUCAUCCGGAGGGUUCUCUAUGUGACUUUCAGGCCUGGUGGCUCACAUAUUUUGAUUGGAGUGCUCUGGUCUGGGUCUGUCUUAUUACUAUCAAUCUUUACCUGAACCUGGUGAAAGAAAUUAGAACUGAACAUUAUGAGAUACUGUACCAUGUGGUGGCAUGGGGGGUUCCUUUGCUCAUGUCCAUCCUCCCUCUUUUGGCUGGAUACUAUGGUCCUGCUGGAGCUUGGUGUUGGAUCACUGACGAUCAUGUUGCCUGGAGGUUUGGCAUAUGGUACAUCCCUCUGUUUGUCCUGAUUUUCCUCAUGAUCUGCUGUUAUGCUCGAAUCAUCUGUGUGGCCAAUGAGAGGAUGCGUUCCUGGAUAGGCACCUUUAACCCGGAAAGAGAGAGGAGGAAGAUAUGUCUAGCUGAAGAGAUCAGGCCAUUAAAGUGGUAUCCCUCUGUCUAUCUGCUUGUAUCUAUCUUCCCCCUUAUAAAUAGACUUCAUAAUGCUGCUUACCCAGGAGACCCUGUGUUUUCUUUGACUUUACUGCAUGUGCUCAGUGCACCCUUACAUGGGCUUGCCAAUGCUCUCGUUUUCGGUAGGGACACCUGGAGUCAACUAAGUACAACGGGAAUUAAGAUGGCGAUCCAGUCUCGGCUGUGUGACAGCACAAGAAUUGGAGAGUACCAUCCAGCGAGUGUAAGAUAUACACAUGACCUCGAGACACUCUCUGCUUCUGAUGAUGAGGACAGCAAUGUCCUCUUUUACAGCCCGGAUAUGAUUCUGAAAGACAGGGGACCCUGGGAGAAUGUUUAGGAAGUGGUUUGUCUUUAUAUGUACAGUAUGUGUGUAUAGUAUGUGUAUACAGUAUAUACACUCCUUGCCUUUAAAUAAUUUCAUUUAGUGUUCAAAUAGUGUUUAUGUCGACACUUUAUUUUAAGUGUGUAUUACUACAGUUUAAAAACGGGAAGAAGGUGAUAAAACUACUGUUUAUCUAUGCCUUCAAUGACAAGAUGUUUUUGUCCUUAAGUGACAGUAAGUUAUUUGUAUUGUAUUAAUGCUGAGCUUUUAAAACAAGCUGUCUACCACCUCACAAUGAAAUGCCUUGUAUAUAAGACUUGCUUUUUUAUAUUGUUCAACUGCAUAUUUCAGAAUCGAUAUUCAUUCAGAGAUUUUCCGUGUUGUCAUGAUAUUUGUGCAUGUUUUAUUAUUAUAUUUAUGAAAAUGUUGCUAUAUUUUUGUAUUGGUUGCAGAUUCAACACAUUUUAAAUAAAAAUGUAAUAACCUGUA